GGAUGAAAAAGAACUGGGUUGUGAAAAAAUAUUUCACAGCUGGCUGAAGGACAUAGUGGCCUCUCCCUGAGCUUCUUUGUUCGAGUUUCCUAUAAACCUGUACGGUCCGCUGCUUCGGGGCUUCACUUCUCCUAGAGAGUGGAGUCCACGCGCGUGAAUAAACUCCUUUUAGUUAUAACUCUGUUUUUGUCCCAGUGUUUGGUGAUUUCCCGGCUGGCGUGGCACAACAUGCAGAAGUCUGGACCGAAAAGGACAGCGCUGACUUCGGCAGCACUGCCAAUGCCCGGGGCGCCUGGACAGCGCGCGGAGCAGCCGGGAUUGGCCGCCCUAGCCCGCCGUCCAGUGACGUCACGCCGGUGCCCGGCGGCGGUUGCCGGGGCGACGCGUGUACACGGAAGCCACGCGUGGAUCCGGCCCAGCCGUUGGACACGCCGAAAAGCGGGCUCAGUGGACCGCAGGCCGGCGCGGGCGCCAUGAGCCAGAGGCAGGUGCUGCAAGGCCUGGAGGAGUACCGGAAAGCCAGGCUGCAGUUCGUGCAGAGGGUGGCGGAGCAGGCGACCAGGCCGCAGAACCUGGAGACGCUGCAGAGCGCGGGUGUGAUAUCUUUGCUGCGGCCUCUUCUUCUCGAUGUGGUCCCAACAAUCCAACAGACUGCUGCUUUGGCUCUUGGGAGACUGGCCAAUUACAGCGAUGACUUAGCAGAAGCAGUUGUAAAGGGCGACAUUCUUCCACAACUUGUUUAUUCAUUGGCAGAGCAGAAUCGUUUCUACAAGAAAGCGGCUGCCUUUGUGUUGCGAGCAGUUGGUAAACACUCUCCCCAGAGAGCCCAGGCCAUAGUGGACUGCGGAGCCCUGGAUGCACUGGUGAUAUGCUUGGAAGACUUUGACCCUGGAGUCAAAGAAGCUGCAGCCUGGGCACUUGGAUGUACUUCACGACAUAAUGCAGAGCUGUCACAAGCUGUGGUGGAUGCGGGAGCUGUUCCUCUCUUAGUACUCUGUAUCCAGGAGCCGGAAAUUGCUUUGAAAAGGAUUGCUGCCUUGGCCCUCAGUGACAUUUCCAAGCAUUCUCCAGAGCUAGCACAGACAGUCGUGGACGCAGGAGCUAUUGCUCACUUAGCCCAGAUGAUCCUCAACCCCGAUGCUAAAUUGAAGCACCAGGUCCUUUCAGCUCUCGGUCAAAUUGCAAAACAUUCUGUGGAUCUGGCAGAAAUGGUUGUUGAAGCAGAGAUUUUUCCAGUUGUACUUACCUGUCUGAAGGACAAAGAUGAAUAUGUGAAGAAAAGUGCUUGCACUUUAAUUAGAGAGAUUGCAAAACAUACGCCCGAGCUUUCACAGCUGGUCGUUAACGCAGGAGGGGUGGCCUCAGUGACUGACUGCAUUGGGUCCUGCAGAGGGAACACACGGCUGCCUGGCAUCAUGAUGCUCGGUUAUGUGGCUGCUCAUUCUGAGAACCUGGCCAUGGCAGUGAUCAUUUCCAAGGGUGUACCCCAGUUGUCAGUCUGCCUCUCAGAAGAGCCAGAGGAUCAUGUUAAGGCUGCCGCCGCCUGGGCCUUAGGACAGAUUGGGCGGCACACUUCAGAACAUGCACGGGCUGUCACGCAUACUUUGCCAGUUCUGCUCUCUUUGUACAUGUCAACAGAAAGUUCUGAGGAUCUGCAAAUGAAAUGUAAAAAAGCCAUAAAGGGCAUCCUACCAAAAUGCACCUACUUACCAGCCCUGGAGCCAUUUCUGUACGGUGCUCCUCCAAAUAUUCUGAAGCAUGUGCUGGGACAGUUCAGUAAGGUGCUGCCACAUGAUAGCAAAGCUCGUCGACUUUUUGUAACAAGUGGUGGACUUAAAAAAGUUCAAGAGAUACAAGCAGAUCCUGGUUCUCUCCUUCAAGAAUACAUCAACAGUAUUAACAACUGUUACCCAGAGGAAGUAGUAAGGGUCUUGCCUAAGGAAUUUGAGGUGGAAAGAAGGAGAAAAAGACUUUUAUUCUUUCUCACUGCUCAUGGAACCCACUUGUCAUUCAUGUCCAAUCCACAGUGUCUACCUCUCCUCAGGUCCAGAGAAGCUACAGAAGCACAAUAGAAAACCCUGUUGCUUGAGAUGCAUAGGAUGUCAUUAACUACACAAUAGCUGCUGAAAAGCGGUGUCUGUUAUCUGGACAUUGGCUUCUUGAAGUUUGAAUCAGACAAUCUGCCAACUGACAGGCAGCCAGUCAGCCCUCUGAAGCUCACUUUCUCCUGUUGGCCCCAGAGAGGAGGCAGAAAGUCUUUAAUACUUGCUUGAGGCUCAGAAAACAAUACUCCCAAUUCCAAGUAUGGUGUCUUUGAUCUAAACUAGCAAUAUCGAGAUUCUCCGUGACCCUCCCCACCUACCAUGUGAUCCAGUCUCUUAGUCCUCUUUCCUUCUCAAAGCCCAGGCAAGGGCUUUCUUCGAUGCUUCCAUUCCAGAGUGAAGGCAACUGGUGUAUAAUUUCAUUAAUCAUGGAAGAUUCGCAUGGAAAAAGGAAACAGUAAAAGGUCUUUAUGCCCAUGACUUCCUGCCGAGACAGACUCUAUUUUAUUGAACUUAGGAAGUGCUCAGCUACCUUUUCUGACUCUUUUUUGUUUUGUUUUUUUAUUUUGAGACAGGGUCUCACUACAUUUCUAAAUUUGCUACCGUAGAGUUUAUAAUCCUCUUGCCCAAGCUGGCAAGUAGUUGGGAUUGUUGUGCCAAGUGAGCCAAUAAAUCACCAAACACUGGGACUAACGACAAAGUUAAACUGAAAGGAGUUUAUUCAUGUGCGUGGACUUCACUCCCUAAACGAAGUGAAGCCCUGAGUCCAGGAACACCACAGUUUAUAUAGGGUGUUAUAGCAGCAUAGCUUUUAUAUGUGUUAUUUUAAGAAGAGAAGUUCAAGGGGAGGUUAACAUGUUUUUGACUAGUUGCAAAAGUAAUUUUUCACAACUCAGCUAUCUUGCUGUGUCAAGUUAGUAAAGGGAGGCACCAGGCACUAUCUCUUUCCGAGAAGGAAUGAAGCAAGUUUACAGAAGCAGAACAAGCAGUUACAAAAAUCAUCUACUUUAUAAGGAGAGGGGCAUGAGGGGAGUUCAUCUACAGGCCAAGAUGGCGUUUCUUGGAUUUAUCCUGGUCUCACAGGGAUAACAGGUGUUGACCACUGUACACGGAGGGACAGAUUUUCAUCUAUUUUUCAGAAAACAGCUCUGAGUGAUCACAUUAUCUACAUAAUUGAAGGACCCUAGUUAGCAAGACAGACUCUACAUUGCCGCUGAACAACCCACCUGCCUGCGCUUUAGAUGAACUCAAAAGGAGGAAGCUUAGAAACCUCCUCCCCUUAGAGAGUCUCUUAGAAACAACAAUUAAUCAACUAUUGUUUCUCAAACG